GCAACGAACGAACGACAGGUACAAGUACUACCUGCUCCCAGCACAACAGCCAGUCCUCGUCUUGUCCUCUCCUCUUCCUCUUGCGCGCAGCGUGGUAGAUAGGAGGAACUCACAGAGUUGGAAGCGAAGGGGCGGGUUGGUGGUGGUGGGACGGGGUGUCCAUGGGAAGGGCGCCGUGCUGCGACAGGGCCGCCGUGAAGCGGGGGCCGUGGUCGCCAGAGGAGGACGAGGCACUUCGCAGCUACGUCCAGCGACACGGCAGCGGCGGCAGCUGGAUCACCCUGCCCAAGAAAGCCGGGCUCAAGAGGUGCGGCAAGAGCUGCAGGUUGCGGUGGCUCAACUACCUCCGGCCCGACAUCCGGCACGGCGGCUUCACCGACGAGGAGGACGCCAUCAUCAUCUCGCUCUAUAGCCAGCUCGGAAGCAAGUGGUCGCUGAUAGCCUCGCAGCUGGGGGGGAGGACGGACAACGACGUCAAGAACCACUGGAACACCAAGCUCAAGAAGCGCCUCGCCGCCGCUGCCGCCGCGGUCACCUCCACCCCCUCCCCGCUACCCCUCUCGCCGCUGCCGGCCCCGGCACCUAUGGUCACGCACGCGUCGCUGUUCCCGCCGCUCGCCAUACCAACCGUGAAGACCGAGACGUACACCUGCGACGACUUCCUGGCGCCGGUCGCACUCUGGGACCCGUUUGCUGGUGGCAUGUGCGUGCCGGACGCCGCAGACGGCUCUACCUCGGCCUCCGCGGCGUCGUCGGCCUCCAACUGGUCGACGGACAACGGUGUCGCCGCUGCCGGCGAGGGGUUCUUACUGGACUUUUGCGCGGUCUCGGACCUUGGCGCCGCUUACCAGCUCCAGCUCCCCGGUGGCUACUUCUACCCCCUCGAUCCGAGCUUGUCUCUCGUAUAGCUUCCGUGCUCAAACCACAGUAGCGGUAGGAUCAGUAGACGUCGACACAUGUGCAUGUUCUUGUGAUCGAUCGAUCGCAUGUUUAACCAAAGCACGUCUAAGCAUCGCUUCGAUCAGAUCGAUGCUGCAUGCAAGUCACGUCUUAUCUUGAUGAGAAAUUUCUGGUGAAAAUUUCAGUUGCCAUCAGGAAAGAAAAACUACUUGUGGUUCAAGUGAAAUGUGGUGUUCAUGCGUUGCUUGUGUUCUCAUGUGGUGCGCUCUAGCAAAAUUCUGGAAAAAUAUGUUCUUGCGUGCUAA